CGCGCCGGCGGCCGGACCGGACCGCACCGCCACCCCUGCCCUCCGCCCGGGCUCCCGGGCCCCGGCUCGCAGGAGACCAGCCAUGGCUGCCUCCUACUGGAUGCUGACAGCUCUCUUUCACCUUGUUUGCACUUCCAACGUUGAUGUGAAAAAUGCACUGACCUUCAGUGGGCCUCUGGAAGACAUGUUCGGGUACACAGUUCAACAGUAUGAAAAUGAGGAAGGGAAAUGGGUACUUAUUGGUUCACCACUAGUUGGCCAACCUGAGAAAAGAACAGGCGAUGUCUACAAGUGCCCUGUAGGAAGGGACAGCCCAUCACCCUGCGUAAAACUGAACUUACCAGCUUCUACUUCAGUUCCUAAUGUCGUGGAAGUAAAAGAAAACAUGACUCUUGGAACAACCUUAGUAACUAACCCAAAAGGAGGGUUUCUGGCAUGUGGACCACUUUAUGCUUAUAAAUGUGGACGUUUGCAUUAUACAACUGGAGUUUGUUCUAAUGUCAGCUCCACUUUUGAAACUGUUGAGGCCAUUGCUCCGUCUGUGCAAGAGUGUAAAACCCAGUUGGACAUCGUCAUAGUCCUUGAUGGGUCCAACAGCAUUUAUCCAUGGGAGAGUGUCACAGACUUUCUGAACAGCCUCCUAAGAAACAUGGAUAUAGGUCCUCAGCAAACACAGGUUGGAAUCGUUCAGUAUGGACAGACUGUAGUCCACGAAUUUUUCCUGAAUACGUACUCCACAACAGAAGAUGUGAUGGCUGCAGCCUCGAGAAUCCGCCAGCGGGGUGGCACACAAACCAUGACAGCCUUGGGAAUAGACACGGCCAGGGAAGAAGCUUUUACUGAGGCUCACGGUGCACGAAGAGGAGUACAAAAAGUAAUGGUUAUUGUGACUGAUGGGGAAUCACAUGACAACUACAGAUUACAAGAAGUGAUUGAUGAUUGUGAAGAUGAAAACAUUCAGAGAUUUGCUAUUGCUAUUCUUGGCAGCUACAGCAGAGGAAAUUUAAGUACUGAGAAAUUUGUAGAGGAAAUAAAAUCAAUUGCCAGUAAGCCUACUGAAAAGCAUUUUUUCAAUGUCUCAGAUGAAUUAGCUCUUUACACCAUUGUUGAAGCACUUGGAGAGAGAAUAUUUGCCCUGGAAGCAACAACAGACCAGCAGGCCUCCUCUUUUGAAAUGGAAAUGUCUCAAGCUGGUUUCAGUGCUCAUUAUUCUCAGGACUGGAUCAUGCUUGGAGCAGUUGGAGCAUAUGACUGGAAUGGCACAGUGCUCAUGGUGAAAGACAGUGGUAUUUCAAUGCCAACUAAUGACACCUUUCGUGACAGGCGUUCAGAAAGAAAUGAACCACUUGCAGCCUACCUAGGAUAUACUGUGAAUUCAGCACUGACACCUGGAGAUGUGCUGUACAUAGCAGGACAGCCACGAUACAAUCACACUGGUCAAGUUAUCAUUUAUAAGAUGGAAGGAAAAGAGGUGCAAGUGAUUCAGAGAUUAAAUGGAGAACAAAUUGGCUCAUACUUUGGGGGUGUUAUUACCACAGUUGACAUCGAUAGGGACUCAUUUACAGACCUUCUUCUUGUUGGAGCUCCUAUGUAUAUGGGAACUGAGAAAGAGGAGCAAGGCAAGGUUUAUGUUUAUAGUCUGAACAAGGUAAGGUGAUGAUUUUUAUUGAAAA